CUGCGUCUCUGAAAUGACUUCAAGCUUCAGCAGCUAUCCGUGGUCCUGAAAAGCACUGCCCGUGCGCUGCUGCAUCGAGCAACUACCGUGAGGAGGUGGAUUCUUAGGACAGUAGCACGGCUGGAAAUGUAUUAUUUAACAGAAUAUAUAUAUUUUUGAUGAUACUUCAGGAAUUGAAAAACCACAACCAAAAUGAUCCCCAACAACUCAUUCAGGAAUCUAACGCUGGAGGACGUUUUUUUUCUUAUGAACAACUCGUCUGGGAACGAAACGCACAGCGAGUCUCACGGUAGCGCAAUCCUCAUCUCGUUCAUUUACUCGGUUGUCUGUUUAGUGGGACUGUGCGGAAACUCUAUGGUUAUAUAUGUAAUUUUCAGAUAUGCCAAAAUGAAAACUGCUACCAAUAUUUACAUUCUGAACUUGGCUAUCGCGGACGAGUUACUUAUGUUGAGUGUCCCCUUCUUGGUGACAUCUUCACUCCUUCAUCAUUGGCCAUUUGGCUCCCUUCUCUGUCGCCUUGUUCUAAGUGUUGAUGCUAUUAAUAUGUUUACGAGUAUUUACUGCUUAACUGUAUUAAGCAUAGACAGAUAUAUUGCAGUUGUGCACCCUAUCAAAGCCUCGCGGUACCGGAGACCCACAAUAGCUAAAAUAGUCAACUUUGGGGUUUGGAUAUUUUCUAUCCUAGUCAUUUUGCCCAUUAUUAUAUUUUCCACGACUGUUCCAAACUUGGACGGUUCGGUCGCUUGUAACAUUCAGAUGCCAGAGCCAAUGAACCAAUGGAUGGCCGUGUUUGUGAUCUAUGCCUUUCUCAUGGGCUUUCUGUUCCCAGUCAUUGCCAUCUGUAUGUGUUACAUCCUCAUCAUCGCCAAGAUGAGAGUGGUGGCACUGAAGGCAGGCUGGCAGCAGCGCAAGAAGUCGGAGAGGAAGAUCACGGUGAUGGUGGUGAUGGUGGUUACAGUGUUUGUCAUCUGUUGGAUGCCUUUUCACAUCGUGCAGCUUGUUAAUGUGUUUGUGGAGCACCAUAACGCAACACUCAUGCAACUUGCAGUGAUUUUGGGAUACGCAAACAGCUGCGCCAACCCGAUACUUUAUGGAUUUUUAUCAGACAAUUUCAAACAUUCGUUCCAAAGAAUUUUGUGCCUGCGCUGGAUGGAAAAUGCUACGGAGGAACCGAUAGAUUACUAUGCCACGGCUCUGAAAAGUCGUGGUUACAGUGUGGACGAAUUUCAACCGGACAACAUCGAACGUGAUAGCACUUUUAGAAAUGGAACCUGCACUUCAAGGACAACAACACUGUAGUAUAUUAACAUACAUUUAUGAAAAGCGGUGAUCAAGAUUAAUGUGACAACUGGGUUUUUGGCUAAUUAGACAGAUACGUCGUUAUUUAUCUUUGUUUUCUUUCAAUUAUUUAUAUGAACGGAAUUAAAAUGUUUCAUAAUCAAACUGUCUUAC